AUGCCGCUACUUACGAAGAUGGGUUCUUUGAGGGAAGAUGGCCAGGAGCAGCACUCUGUCCUUCUUCAACAACAGAUCGGGGAAGUGAGGGAACAGACAGUUCAGGAUAGCGGGUACGAAUAUUUUGAGGAAUACGACCAAGAGGAGUGCGAUGAUUCGGACAUGGAGGGCAGUAUAAUUCAUCGUGGGCGGCCCAAAAAGCCUGUCAAGCCUCCGGUUGUGCCUCAACGGAGCGAGAAGAGGGCUUCGAGACUGUUGGAGAACGUCAUGCUUGAGCUGCAGAAUCUGGAUGGGUCGAGACAGAAGGAGGAAGACAAGAUAUCGCUCGUUCACGAGUCAGAUCCUCAUGAACUAUACCUUUCGAGCGAGGAAGAUGCUUCCUUCUCAGACGACAACGACGACUCACCCACCGACUUCGAAGAAGGCACCAGCUCGGAAGACGCAAAAGCAACACGGGCAUCCUCGCCGAGAGCCUCAAGCAGGAAAUCACAAGAAGACACUGCGAGAGUAGUAUCCUUCACCAGCGUUGGCAAACCCCAAAUUGUCGAGAUCAACGUCCCAAAUACCUCUCCCUCCACCGCCAACAAAAGAAUUACUCUCAAGCUCGAAACACUUACCUCCUCCCACACGCCCACAUCCUCACUACAGAAAUCAACACGAAGACCAACACCUCUAAAGCUCCACCCCACCUUGAGAAGAAUGUCAAUUUCCAGCGUUACUUCCCUCUACUCGCCCCCUCCGUCCAGCACAACAGCAGUCCCCUAUGCAGCAUCAACAACGAGCCUUUCCCUCAUGCCUUCCAACACCAACACCUCCUUAGCACCACGAAAGUCCUCCCGCCUAGCAUCGAACCUCACCUCGCUCGUCACGAACACGAAAAACUCCUUCCAAUCCGCUUCCCAAAGCGCACACACCUUCCUAAACUCCGAUCCCUUCGCUACUCCUACCUCUACCACAUCGACAUCAUACAUCCCGCUGUCGAAGAAUACCAACAACAACAAUGUUGGAGAGGAGAGGGAGGAACAGACGCCCAAAACUCCAACACGGUGGGGUGCGAGCUUCCUGAGCAAGGCACGCAAACCAAGUAUGCCAAAGAUCUCACUCGCAUACACAGCGGGCGUCAUCAGACCCCGCGAAAACUCUGAGGCCUCGGCAUCAAUGCUCAACCUCUCUAUUGCUGCUACCGAGUCAGAAAAGGAGAAAGCUACAAGCGAGCCAAUCGAGACCGCUGAGUCAGAUCGCGAACCUCUCCGUAUAUCCACCUCCCUUCCUCGAACCUCCUCCUUAGAGAGUAAGAAGGUGGAGGCAGGGGAGAAGGUGAGGUACGAGGAUAUCAUCAAGGGUGCGGGAGAGCUUGUUCGCUCUCCUACGUCGAUACCGACGCCGAAGGAGAGACGCACGAUCGCUUUCGGCAAGCUAGUGAGAACGAAGAGUUGGAAGGGGAAGGGAGCGAGGCCGCAGAUGUCUACUUGA